AUGUCGCCUCUACCGUCUUCCGUUACGGCGUUGUCUGCGCCCGGCAAGGUCCUGCUAACUGGUGGCUAUCUUGUGCUCGACCGUGGCUACACGGGUACCGUCUUUGCGCUCGAUGCCCGCAUUCAUGUUAUUGUUCAACAGCUAAGGAGGGGUCACCGCCGCGGGGUAUCAAGCUCUGGGCCUGCUGUUAGCGCCGAGGCGCUCUCUGGAUGCGGUGCUGCCGAGGAUCAGGAUGCCGAGGAUACCAUUGUCGUACGAUCACCGCAAUUUGUUGAUGCGGUGUGGGAAUAUGGUGUGCAGCGAUGCGAGAAUGGUGGGGGUGUCAAGGUCAUCCAGAAGGGUGAUGGGCCGCACAAUCCAUUUGUCGAGACCUCUCUCAGCUAUGCAUUGACCUAUAUCAGCUACGUUGCCGACUCCAAGGACUUUGGCUCCUUGUCGGUCACCAUCAUGGCUGACAGCGAUUAUUACUCGGAGACUGCCGCUUCCAAGGGUCCAGCCGCGCAGGGACGUGGCGGGCGCUUUGUCAAUUUCGGGGUGCCCCUUUUCGAGGCUCACAAGACGGGAUUGGGCUCUUCAGCUGCGCUGGUUACUGCUCUUGUUUCCGCUCUGGUCAUUCACCGUACUAUGCAGCCCGAGGACCUCGGUGCUGGUCGUGAUAAGCUCCACAAUCUCGCUCAAGCGGCUCAUUGUGCAGCGCAGGGCAAGGUUGGAUCUGGAUUCGACGUUGCUAGCGCAGUCUACGGUUCGUGCCUCUACCGACGGUUCUCCCCAUCAAUGCUGGAGUCCCUCGGCGAUGUAGGCUCGCCUGGUUUCGAGGAACGUCUGUUCCCUAUUGUGGAGGACUCUAAUCCCGACCACCCAUGGGAUACCGAGUGCGUUGACUUUGGCAUGCAGCUACCCCGUGGAAUGCAGUUGGUUUUGUGUGACGUGGACUGUGGGUCCCAGACACCCUCAAUGGUUAAGAAAGUCCUGGCCUGGCGAAACGAGAACCGCAAAGAAGCGGAUAUUCUCUGGGCUAGCCUCCAGAAUAAUAACGAGCGACUGCGCCAAGAGCUCAAGCGCCAGGCUCAACAUCCCGAUGCCAAUCCCGCAGGUGACUUCUCCGAUGUUCGCAGCCUAAUUCAGCGAACACGCCAGCAUAUUCGCACUCUGACCCGCCGGACGGGCGUCCCCAUUGAACCGAGUGUGCAGACCGAGCUGCUAGACAGUGUUUCAGAGAUCGAGGGUGUUAUUGGAGGCGUUGUACCCGGAGCUGGAGGAUACGAUGCUAUCGCCCUCCUCAUCCGGGAUGAUCCCACUGUAAUUGCGCGGCUGAGAGACCACCUUGCGAACUGGACGAGCACGAUCGAGGAUGACUUUGGAGGCAAGAUCGGCAACGUGCGACUGCUAGGUGUGCAGCACGGAUCCGAGGGCGCGAAGAACGAAAUGCUAGACCAGUAUGCCGGUUGGAUCUAG